CAGCGAGCGAGCCCGUGUCCAAGACGGUGACGGUGCAAGUGCGCCGGGGCAGCCCCGUGGUGCUGGACCCGCCGCGGGCGGAGAGCGUGCCAGCGGCCACCGCCACCUGGAUGCGGCUGAGCGGCGACGCGUCCGGAAGCGAACCUCUGGAAGGCAUCCAGUACGCCACCACUCAGGACAACCGCCUGGUGAUCCUGGAGGCACGGUUUGAGGACCAGGGCCGUUACCAGGUGGAGCUGACCAACCCCCAUACGGGAGAGUUCCUCCUGGGACCCCUCCUUGAGCUCGAAGUGGAAGGAGAGAGCGUCGAGGAGGACGGGCCCCACAAGCUGUCGAUCGUGGUUCCCCCUUCGGAAAGCGAGUUCAACAACCUUGGAAACGGCUAUGACAACACCCUCGAGUGCAUCGCCGCCGGCAGCCCCUUGGAGGAGGUGCGGGUGUCCUGGUUGAAGGGGGGUCAGCCCCUGAGGGGCCUGCCCCACGCACUGACCCACUGGAACCGCACCCUGACCCUGCUGAACGUGGGGCCCGAGCACGAGGGCACCUACACGUGCCGGGCGUCCCUGGGAGAAGACGCACUGGAGGCCCACGCCAAUGUCACCGUGGCAGUGCCCCCCCGGCUGGUCCAGGCGGUGUCGGAAGAGACUGCGGCCGAGCUUGGCCAGCACCUGCAGCUCCCCUGCCUGGCCGAGGGCCGUCCCCCUCCCGCCGUGGAGUGGCUGCGCAACGCCCGGCCGCUGGACGUCGCGGCGGGUGGACGCCUGCACGUGCUGAGCAACGGGUCGCUGGACAUCGAUGCGCUGUCCAUGGAGGACGCCGGCGUGCUUCAGUGUGUGGCCCACAACCCGCUGGGGGAGGCACGGGCCGCCACCUGGCUGCACGUCAAGAUCUCCCCUCCCGCAUUCCUCCGCCCUCCCGAGAACGUGACGGUGCUGGACGGCAUGGACGCCCAACUUCCCUGCGCGGUGGUGGGAGCCCCACUGCCAAACACCAGCUGGGCGUACAACGAUCUACACCCUGUUCUCAACGAGGGCCGCACCCAGAUCCUGGACAGUGGGACGUUGGUGAUAGCAUCGGUGGUCACUGGCGACAGCGGCAAGUACAGCUGCACCCGGGCCAACUCGGCCGGCGCGACCCAGGCCGAGGCCUACCUCACGGUCCUGGUGCGGACUCAGAUCGUCAAGCCCCCCGUGGACACGAGGGUGAUCCUGGGAUCGACGGCGGAGCUCCAGUGCCGCAUCUCCCACGACCCAAGCGUUCCUUACGAGGUGAGCUGGUUUUUCGGUGAGCAGCAACUGGGUGCCCUGAGCAGGGUGAGGCUGUCCCCGGACGGGACCCUGCGCAUCGACCAGGCACGGAACACCGACAUUGGCACCUACACCUGCAUGGUGACCUCGCCCGGAGGAAACGACACCCGCUCUGCACGCCUAGAGGUCAUCGAGCUGCCGCACCCUCCAGGCAACGUGAGAGCUUCGGUGCAAGACACCAUGCCCAAGACGGUGAACGUGAGCUGGUCACCUGCCUUCGAUGGGCACAGCCCCAUCACCCACUACGUCCUGCAGAUGAGGGCGCUGCCUACGGAGGACCUGUUCUGGUUGUCAGUGGACUCCCUGGCUCCCUGGAUCACGGCACGAUCCAACAUCUCGGCCCAGGCGACGUCGGUCCUUGUCCCACAACUUAAACCGUCCGUGAGCUACCAGUUCCGGGUCAGCGCGGUGAACGGCGUCGGGGAGGGCGCCGCGGGCACUCCCACGGAGCCCGUGUCGGUGCCCCCCGAGCCCCCCGGGGGACCUCCCCAGGGGGUGGUGGGGGCGUCCCCCUCGCCCACCUCGGUGAUGCUCCAGUGGCAGCCCCCGCUGGAAGGGGAGCGCAACGGCCGGCUGCUGGGCUACGCGGUGGAGUACCGGCUGGCGGGCUACCCCAGCAGCCCCUGGGCCGGCGUGAACGUCACCGCCACCCGGGCCACCCUGGAGGACCUGAUAGUGUGGCAGACGUACGCCCUGCGGGUGGCUGCCUUCAACGAGAAGGGGCUGGGGGUGUUCUCGGAACCGAUCCACGUGCGCACCCGGGAGGGAGUGCCCCAGGCGGCCCCCUCGGGACUGCGUGCGGAUGCGCUCAACUCGACGGCGGUGCAAGUGCGCUGGCGUCCCCCGGACCCGCAGCUGGUGAAUGGGCUGAACCAAGGUUACCGGGUGGAGGCCUGGCCCCGGGGCAGCGCCGUGGGGGUGGGCUCCCCCGAGGCCUCUCUGGUGGUGGCACCGCUGGGGGGAGCCCCCCUGCAGGAGCACGCCGCGGUGGUCGCCGGGCUGCGCAAGUACCAUUCCUACAACCUGACGGUGCUCUGCUUCACCAGCCCGGGAAACGGCCCCCGCAGUGCCCCCGUGCUGGUCACCACCAAGCAGGACGUUCCUGGCCCCGUUGGUUCCCUGAAGUUUGAUGACAUCCUGGACGUCUCUGUGAAAGUCCUGUGGACACCUCCCGAGGACACCAACGGGAUCCUCCUGGGGUACACUCUGCGGUACUGGACCAAGGAAGACCCGGCGUCGGCCCUCCUCCGCAACCUCACCGCCGACGUGACGGAAACCUUGGUGAAGGGGCUACGCCCGGUCACCUGGUACACCUUUGAGGUGUUUUCCUGGACGGUGGUCGGUGCCGGUGCCAGCACGGAAGCCACCAUCAAGUCGGGUAUCCCGCCCGUGUUGCCCAGCCAGCCCCGGCGUCUGGCGGUGUCCAACAUCGGCCCUUUCUCGGUGGUGCUCCAGUUCACUCCUGGCUUUGACGGCAACACCUCCAUCACCCGCUGGACCGUGGAGGCCCAGACGCGGCGCUCGGAAAACUGGAUCCCCGUCUACGAGACGAGCGCACCGGACGCCCGCACCCUGUCGGUGUCCCCCCUGGUGCCCUUCACGGAGUACCGGCUGCGCCUUCUGGCGACCAACGUAGUGGGACCCAGCCCCCCGAGCGAGCCCUCCCAGUGGUUCCAGACCAUCCAGGCGCCCCCCGCCCACCCGCCCCGCAAUGUGACAGUGCGGGCGGUGAACGCCCAUGCCCUGAGGGUGCGCUGGACGCCCCUGCCCCAGGUCGACUGGUAUGGGGUGCCCAGGGGCUACAACGUCUCCUUCAGGACCUCCGACGAAGGGGACUUCCGGUGGACGGUGGUGGAGGACCACAACGCCAACAGCCUGGUGCUGGACGACCUGCAGGCCUUCACCCCCUACGAGGUCUUCAUGCAGGCCUUCAACGACGUGGGCACCAGCGGCCCCAGCGACACCUCUAAGGAGCGCACCAGGGAAGCCGUGCCCAGUGCCGGCCCCUCCCAGGUGUCCGCCAAGGCGACGUCCUCCACGACGGUGGUGGUGACGUGGGGCCCCGUGCCGCGUGCGCACCGCGGCGGCAUCCUGGAGGGCUACCGGGUGGUGUACCGGGCAGCCAAGGAGGCUGAGCCCACCCGCAAGCACAUCGAGAGCAACGCCACCUUCACCACGACGCUCACUGAGCUCCGGAAGCACACCUCCUACACCGUGCAGGUGCUGGCACUGACUCGAGUUGGAGAUGGUGCCCUGAGCCUGCCCCCUGUGACCGUCACCACCUUCGAAGACGUGCCCGGACCGCCGUCCAACGUGUCCUUCCCGGACGUGACGACGACGACGGCCCGCAUCAUCUGGGACGUGCCCCGCGAGCCCAACGGGGAGAUCCUGGGCUACCGCAUCGCCUUCUGGCUGCACCACAGCGGCGGCGGCAGCAGCGAGGGCGAGGCGCGCGUCUCCCGGGAGGUUCCCGCCACGGACCGCACCCUCAAGGCCUUCGACCUGGAGCCCCAGUCCUACUAUGCGUUUGCGGUGAGUGCGCGCACCAAGGAAGGCUGGGGCCUGGAGGCCCGUGCCCUGGUGCUGACCACGGCCAGCCGGGAGAAGCCCCAGGCCCCCUCCCGGCCCCUGGUGAGCCCGUCCCAGGUCCAGGCACGGCACCUCACCCUCAGCUGGACCCCCGGGAGGGACGGCUUUGCACCCCUGCGCUGCUACCUGCUCCAGAAGAUCGAGGCCGGGGGACCGUGGAAGGAGCUUCCACAAAAGAUUGACCCCGGCGCCACGACGUACACGGUUGCCGACUUGAGGCCCGCCACGCGCUACCUGUUCCGCCUGAGGGCGGUCAACGACCUGGGGUUCAGCCCCUGGAGCGAGGAGUCCAACGAAACCUGGACCCUGCCCGCCGCUCCCGAAGUAGCACCGACCGGUGUCGUGGUGACUCCGUACACCACCACGUCCAUCACUGUCGUCUGGAAGGGCAUUGCGGAGGAGGCUUGGAACGGAGACCUGGCCCACCCGAGCUACCGGGUGGAGGCUUGCCCCGUGGGGGCAGGACCCCAGGAGUGCCGCAGCCGCUCCCUGGAGGGUGCCGGCGGGGGGCCCCUGACCCUGGAGGGCCUGCAGAGGGACCGCAUCUACGAGGUGCGCGUGGUGGCCACCAACGGGCAGGGGGACGGCCCCACCAGCCGCCCGGUGUCCGUCUACGUCGGGGAGGCCGUUCCGACGGGAUAUCCGCGCCAAGUCCGCCUUGACGCCCCGAGUCCGACGGAAGUGGCCGUGUCUUGGGCGCCCCCGCCCGAGGAUGAGCGCAACGGCGAGCUGCUGGGCUACAAGAUCUUCUACAAGGCGGAAGGAGACACGGAGGAAGCGAUGGAGGCGGUUCCGGCCACGCCGGCCGCGUACACGCUGACAGACCUGCGUCGCUUCACCCGCUACUCCGUGCAGCUGCUGGCCUUCAAUCCGGCCGGCGACGGCCCACGCUCGCAGGUUUUGCAAGUGCAGACCCUGGCAGACCGGCCCGGCGUGCCCGGACCUCUGGACUUCUCGGACAUCACGAUGAACUCGCUCAACGUGAGCUGGAGUCCUCCAGAAGAGCCCAACGGAGUCAUCACGGGCUACCUGGUGAACUACGAGACCGCCGACCUGGACAUCGAGUCUGGCAGGCAGGUGCGCCAGAAGGUGUCGCACACAUUCCUGGCGGUGCGAGCACUGUGCGAGAUGACCACGUACCGGUUCAGCGUGCAAGCCGAGACAUCCCAGGGCUACGGCCCGGAGAGCCAGCGCAACGUGACCACGGGGCCCCAGGAGGGCUCGCCCCUGGCCCCGCUGGAACUGGCGCUGCAGCGCAACGCCGGCGGCGCCACCCUCUCCUGGAAGGAAGGGCCCCAGGGGUCGGCCCCCAUCACGGGCUACUUGCUGGAGGCACGGCCCUCCCACUCGGACGAGGACAAAGAGUGGCAGACGAUUGCGGAGCUGGAAGGCGGGCCCCGCACCUCCUACACCGUGAGCUUCCAGAACCUGCUGCCGUCGACGGAUUACGUGCUGCGCCUGCUCGCACGCAACCGGCUGGGCAUCAGUCCACCCGCCUACGCGCCAGAACACGUCCUGACACCCAGCAAACUGUUCCUGGAGUACAAGCAGCGGAUGCCCUUCUACCGGGAGCCGUGGUUCCUGGUGGUGCUGGCGGCAGGCUCCAUGGUUGCCAUCAUCCUGGUGGUGGCCGUGCUAUGCGUCAAGAGCAAGACACACCGCUACAAGCAGGAGAUGCAGCAGAGCCUGCAGAGCGAGGACCACCUGAGCCUCGAGGACGCGGGCUUCGGCAGCCCCGAGCCCAGCGUGGGAGCCAAGCGCAGCCUGACGCGGGCAUCCCUGCGCAAGCCCCUGCGGUCCCCUCCCCGGCCAUCCCCGGCCAGCGUGACCUACUCGGACGAGGACGACACCAAGGGCUACGACGACCACUGCGACUCCAGCAGCCUCACCGAGAAGCCCUCCGAGAUGAGUUCUUCGGACUCCCAGGGGUCCGAGAGCGAGAGCGACACCAAGGGAGAUCCGCACUCGUUCGUGAACCACUACGCCAACGUCAACGACACGCUCCGGCAGUCGUGGAAGCGCCAGCGUGUCGCCAAGCCGCCCAGCUACACGGACUCGGAGCAGGACAGCGCCACGGCCAUGUGUCUCAAUGGGGGACGCGUCGUGCUGCACAACAUGGCCGGAUCCCGGGCUCCCCUGCCCGGCUUCUCGUCUUUCGUCUGAGACCGCUCGGCGCACUUACCUGCCAAAGUUAGCACGGGGGUCGUCGACCCCGUAACCGUUUCGUUCACCUCAUUUUUCUCCCUCGAAACCGUCGGCAGAUUUCGUGGGGACUUUCUUUACGUCGGACCGCGUGCCAUUUGGGGCGAAAAGUUUUUGACUCCAUCACUCAUUGUCAGUAGGGUAGGAUUGCGGAUCUUAGCAUUGCGGAUCGAGUGUGUUCAACGUUGUUGUUGCUGCAGCACGCCGUUGCAGUUUUGGUUUCGGCCGGCAGUUAUGGAAAGGAACCGUCGCGGCGUGCGUGAUGGAGUUUCGUUGGCAGCAUCCUGCCUUUUUUUGAGCCGUCGAACGACGUAGAGUUACGGCUCCUGUGUGCAAUCACUGCCGUGCUUGUGACGGACGGGUCCAAUAUUGUCGCAUCAAAGCGUGCUGUUGCUGCUUUGGUUUCAGCCAGAAGUUGCAGAAAGGAACGAACCUUUGCAUCCGUAGCGGGGAAUUUCGCUAGCGACAUGCUGCCUUUUACGUACUGUCGAGCGGCGUAGAGAGGUAGUUGCGACGUAGGGUCACUGCUGUGUGCAUACGUGUGUGUUGCACACUUGUGCGACGGUGAUUGUUGCAGCGUAUAUCCGUCGGCGUGCACGACAGGCGUAUGUUUGACGGCUUGUACGCAGUGCAGCAUAGUUAGCCCGAAUGCGACUUCGAUCUUCUGCUGCAUCUGACGUGCAAAGGUUAGUGGCAACGACAAAUUCGAGCCCGUAAAUUUGUGCCUUAUGUACGCACAUUCCAUUGACCCAAAGUAUUGACGGCUGGUUCUUAGCCGUGUGAGAAAACUUGCAAAGACACGCGAUCGCUCGUUUUGGCUUACUAUAUUGUGCUCACUACUGUCGUCCACACUGUUAAGCCACGGCGAUCGUUUCGAAGUGCAGCUUAUCAGAGACACGGUUCACAACCCUGACUGGAGAAAAGCAUAAAAUGGGCAGCAAGGUGCGACUCUGCAAGUUCCAGAGUUGUAGAAAUGUGCAAUCUGUCGACCUCAUGUGCGUUAACCGCUUCAAAGUGCAGCUCUGUUUGUAAUCAAUGGCAUUUUGCCCAUAGAAAGUAGGAGUUGUCCCUAAUGGUCUCUGUGAUUAAUCUUUUAGGAUUUUAAGCCCAACGGUCCGGUUGGGUUGUCGGCUACUAUCCUUAGGAGCGAAAGUGCAAGCUAAGUAGAGCUAGCGAGAACAAUAGCCGGCACCAUUGAACCACCCGCUUCUAUAAUCGGAAUUCUAAAAAUGUUACAGGUCACACCAAAGAUAAAGGAUGAAGUUGGGCCCAUGCCUUACACGGGGUAUCAUCCGAGAUUGCAUUCGGCUAGUGCAGGAACUUAACAUUUGUUGUGGAGAGUCCUUAUCGAACGUUCACUGCCAUGUGUCAGGAUGAUCUGUGUGGACGCAAAGGAUGUGACAGCGAGGAAUUUGGUUUCCUAUGCCAUGAAAAUGCUCUUCACUGGAGACAGCUUCAUUUGUAAAGUUGCUCGUUCUUUUUGCAUUGUUUGGCUUUUGCGAAAAGUUUUCUCACAACGAAAGACCUUUUUAAUGAAACGACGACAUAUCGUCACUGCAUCCCCGUUUAGUAUUGGUGUAUUAAGCUUGCCCCAAAACUUGACUGUAAAGAAAAGUUGUGGCAAGCUUCUUACAUUGAUGCAGGCAUUUUAAGCACUGACGAGGUUCAUAUUUUAAUGCAGCCUUUCCAAAAAUUGAUAUUUUUUUUCAACAGAAGGUUUCUGCAGAAACUUAUGUUGCAAAUUUGUGCAUUGCGUGCCCUGUCACUUGCUCAGUCUUUGCCUCCUUGCGUCGUCCUACUCUUGGGGAGAAUACGUGAAAUGCAUCUGUGACAGAGUUUUUCCAGCGUACCUUAGCUACCGUCUUUUGCAUUAACUGCAUCAGUGCCAUGCCCAUCCGUCCAGGGACCCCCCGGGGUUCACGUUCCAUCCAUUGCAUUCACGACCACCUCAACAAAGUACCAGUGAGAAAGAAACGUUUACACGCUGUGUCACUUUUGACAAGCGCUCUUUUUUAUAAAGGGUCCAUUCUUUUUAGAGUAGCCUUCAUCUCACGAGCGUCAUUCCACGCAGAGCAUUGUGCUGCCACAUUUCUUGUGGACUGCCGCAGGAUUUUAUUGUAUUACCACAUUGCGUUCAUGUGCUUUCCUGCUUGAUCUUGAAAAAAAUAGUUUGUAGCUAGUGCAUCGGAUCUGUUUGUCCAAUCUUUGUUUAGUUUUAAGCAGCUAAACUUUUUCGGGCUGCUGUUGUACAUAUUGAGCUUUAUAUAUUUAUAAAAUGAGGUCUUUUUUUUUUUGCGUGUGUUUUUAGCUCAGUGUGUCUUUCCUGAUUGUGUAGAUUUGGUGGGAGACUGUUCAUAAAGGGCUUGCCUACUUCUA